AUGGAGGCAGGCGGCGGGGCCGGCGCGGGAGCCGCGGGCUGGAACUGCCCCGGCCCAGGACCCACAGUAACCACUCUAGGCUCUUAUGAGGUAUCUGAGGGUUGUGAGAGGAAGAAAGGCCAACGCUGGGGAUCCCUAGAACGCCGUGGGAUGCAAGCUAUGGAGGGAGAGGUGUUACUCCCAGCUCUAUAUGAAGAAGAAGAGGAGGAAGAGGUAGAAGAAGAAGAUGAUGAUGAUCAAGUGCAGAAAGGGGGUGGUGUAGGCUCCCUGUCAGUGGGCAAGCACCGGGGCCUGAGCCUCACAGAGACAGAACUGGAGGAGCUGAGGGCUCAGGUACUCCAGCUGGUGACAGAGUUGGAGGAGACUCGUGAGCUGGCCGGACAGCAUGAGGAUGACUCCCUAGAGCUGCAGGGGCUCCUGGAGGACGAGCGGCUGGCCAGUGCUCAACAGGCAGAAGUGUUCACCAAGCAGAUCCAGCAACUCCAAGGUGAGCUGCAACAUCUACGGGAGGAGAUUUCCCUGUUAGAGCAUGAGAAAGAAGUUGAACUUAAGGAAAUAGAACAGGAGUUGCAUUUGGCCCAGGCUGAGAUCCAGAACCUAAGGCAAGCUGCAGCAGAUUCUGCAACUGAACAUGAGAGCGACAUAGCCUCCCUGCAGGAAGACCUUUACCGGUUGCAGAAUGAACUUGACGACAUGGAACGCGUUCGAGGGGAUUAUGAGAUGGAGAUUGCCUCACUCCGUGCAGAAAUGGAGUUGAAGACCUCUGAACCAGACUUCUCUGGCAUACAAGAAGAGUUAUACCAGCUUCGGGAGCGCUACCACUUCCUGAACGAGGAGUACCAGGCACUACAAGAGAGCAACAGCAGCCUCACAGGGCAGCUUGCAGAGCUGGAGAGCGAUAGGACACGAAGAGCAACGGAGAGAUGGUUGGAGUCCCAAAUGCUAAGGAGUGUGAUGUCAACAGAGUCUCAGACUUCAGAACUGGAUUUCCCAGAGCCUGAUCCUGCAAUGCAGUUGUUACGCCAACAGCUCCUGGGAGCCGAGGAGCAGAUGCAAGACAUGCAGAGCAAGUGUAAGGAAUUGUGCUGUGAGUUGGAAGAACUACAGAAUCAUUGUCGAACCAGUGAGGAGGAGCAGAGGCGACUGCAGAGGGAGCUCAAGUGUGCCCAGAAUGAGGUGCUUCGGUUUCAGACCUCCCACAGUGUCAUCCAGAAUGAGGAACUGAAGACCAGGCUCUGUGUCCUCCAGCAAAAGUAUGAUGCUAGCCAGGAUGAGCAGAAUGAGCUUUUGAAGGUGCAGGUGAAACUUCAGACUGAGCUCCGGCAGCUCAAAGUCAUCAAACCCACAGUCAUAGAGAGCCAAAGUGAGAAGGAGUUAAUGUGCCAGCUCCAGAAGCUGCAGCUCCAGCACCAGGACAGUGUGAGUGAGAAGGAAAAGCUAUUGGAAGUACAGCAUCAACUGCAGGAGAAGCUGCGGUGCCAUGAGGCAGAGCUGCAGCACUUCCGGGACAUGGUGAACUCCUUACGAGAGAGCAAUGAAAAGAAUACAGGGAUGCAAGCCCAGCUUCAGGAGAUGAAGGGAUUGUACCAGUCGAGCAAGGAUGAGCUGCAGUGGCAGAAGCACAUGUACAACCUGCUGGAACAGGACUUCCAGCUCUGCCAGGAGGAGCUGAAAGAGCUCAAGAUCAACCAGCCUGUUCCCGAAGACAAGGGAAAGUGUGCCAACAAGUGUGAUACACUGCUGUCCAGGCUGACAGAAUUGCAGGACAAGUUCAAAGCCAGCCAGAAGGAGAUGGGACAGCUGCAGAUGGAGCAGUGUGAACUCCUGGAGGAUCAGAGGAGGCUGCAGGAGGAACAGGGCCAGCUCCAGGAAGAGCUGCACAGGCUCACAUUCCCACAGCCCCGAUGUGGCCUCUUGCAGAAGGGUCAGGAGCUGCUUUCAAAAUUGCAAGACCUGUGUGAAAUGCAGCUGCUGUACCAAAGCAUGCAGGAUGAACAGAAAAAACUGAUGCAGAACCAAGAGAGUGUAUUAAGGGAACAGUUAGAGGCACACAAAGAGCUGCGAGAUUUCAGAGAGUCUAAUUUCCAGGAAGUGUUGGAACACCCUCAGGAUGCCAAAGGGCCCAAGUCCUCAAAUUGUGAGAAUAAGUCCAAGGUGCUUGUGGACCAGCUGCAGGCCCUGCAGGUGCUAUAUGAAUCCAGUCAGAGGGAGCAGGAGCUACUGCAACAGGAGCAUGGGUGGCUCCUGGAGGAGCGGAAAAGGUUGCAGGCUGAGCUGCAGCUCUGCAUGGAAGAAAUGCAGCUACUCCAAAUGCAGUCCCCCACCAUAAAAAUGAGCCUCGAGUCCUACAAAAAGAACUCGGGCAGCAUGGUAGUCCCCAGCAGUGAAAACUUCCACAGGAGUUACAACAGCACCAUAGAAGACAAUGAGAGUUUUCAGAAGAGUUAUGCAAGCACACAGGCCAGCCAUGAGAGCUUCCUCAGGAGCUAUGACAGCAGCACCAAUUCCAAUGAGGCCUAUCAGAAGAGUUACCGCUCCAGCAGUACAAGUGUUGCCUAUAAGAAGAGUUAUAGCAGUUCCUGUAGCUCUGAAAACUUUCAUAAGAGUUAUGUCAGCAGUGAUGCUGAUGAGGACCCAGCUAAGCCUGAAGACAUUGAGCACUUUGAGGAAACAGUGGCCAAAGUGCUGACCAAGUUGCAGGCAGUGAAGGCCCUGUACCAGGUGAGCCAGGAAGACCACAGCCAGCUGCAGGAGCAUUUGAACAAGCUGCUGGUCAAGCAGAGAGAGCUGAAGAAUGAGCUGGAUAACUGUGAAAAGGAGGUGAAGGAGUGCAUGGAAAGCCUUGAGAAGCCUGCAGCCCCUCAGAACGACAAGAAUGAGAUCAAAGAACUGCAGAGCAAGCUGCGGGAGCUGCAGCUACAGUACCAGGCUAGCAUGGAUGAGCAGGGGCGGCUUCUAGCAGUGCAGGAGCAGCUGGAGGGGCAGCUGCAGUGCUGCCAGGAAGAGCUCCAUCAGCUCAAAGAGAAAAGGCCCUCCCUUGGCAAGGAAGCCAGGGCAAAGAAUGGCAAUAAGAACAUGAACAAGAAUGCCAACGGAGUUCAAAACAGAAAGAGUCUGGAGGUGGUGCUGUACUACAAGGCCAGCCAGAGGCAAUUAGAUGAGCUAGCAAAAGAGGAGGAAAAAAAGAUGGAAGAGGCAAAAAAGGAAGAAAAAGAGCAAACCAAGAAGGAACCAGUUGAACUAGUUACUGAGCCAGAAGAGCCUAUGGCAGCAGACCAGGAGGAAGAGUAUGAAGAGUACAAAGAGGGGGAGGAUAAAGAAGACAAAGACCCCUCUGAGGCUGCUGAGGAAGGCAACCCCCUUAAACCUUCUGAGAGCAAAAAGGGGAUCCUAGGAACCAGAGCUCCACGUAAAAGACUUGACGGAAAGUAGGGCUGACAGGUAGCCUGCCUGAGGACUGGUUCUUCCUGUGACCCAGGAAAAGCAUCUCUCCUCCUCCUCUAAGGAAGCCUGCUGUACUCUCCGUAGCUCCACUUUUCCAGAGUGUCUGACUCAAGAAAGGUCGAGGUGCAGAUAACUUCUGCUUGACAAGAUAUGAGCUGUACAAGACUGGAGAGAAAACUGGCCCUGAUACCUAAUUUGGACCUAGUUGCUGUUUAACCCAUUCAGUCUUACAGCUUCUGCAGGCUGCCCGUGGGAGGAACUCCUCUGCUCUUCUCCAGACUCGGAGCAGAGAAGAAACGCCACAGCCCCAGCUUACGUGAAUUGUAACCUCUUGAUUCUUUUCUCUUUUCCCUGUGUUUUCUCAUCUCCAUCCUCUGUUGGAUUCGUGUGUUUGUGUCUUUUCAUACGACCUCACGUCUCCCGGUCUCUCCUUGUGCUUC